GAUUUUAAGUUCCCUGGCCCCCACCGCUUUAUUUUCACCAUGGAUGUCCCGUCCCUAUAUACUUCCGUCCCCCAUCAGGAAGGUCUCAAAGCUCUACGCUUCUUUUUGGAUUCCAGACCUAACCGGUUCCCCUCUGCCACCACUCUGCUCCGUCUAGCGGAAUUAGUCCUUACUCUUAAUGAUUUCUCCUUUGGCUCCUCCCACUUCCUCCAAACUAAAGGAGUAGCUAUGGGCAUCCGUAUGGGUCCUAGCUAUGCCUGCCUUUUUGUUGGCUUUGUGGAACAAUCUAUGUUCCAAACCUAUUCUGGUAUCUGUCCCCCACGUUUCCUUCGCUACAUCGGCGACUGAUUUGGCGCUGCUUCCUGAACGCAUGCUGGGCCCGUUGACUUCAUUAUCUUUGCCUCCAACUUUCACCCUGCCCUCAAGUUUACCUGGUCCAUUUCCGACACCUCCCUUCCCUUUCUAGAUCUUUCUGUCUCUGUCUCUGGAGACAGCUUAUCUACUGGUGUCUACUAUAAGCCUACUGACUCUCACAGCUAUCUGGACUAUUCCUCUUCCCACCCUGUCUCUUGCAAAAAUGCCAUCCCCUUCUCGCAAUUCCUCAGUCUCCGCCGCAACUGCUGUCAGGAUGAGGCUUUUCAUUCCAGGACGAAGGAGAUGUCCUCCUUUUUUAAAGAAAGGGGCUUCCCUUCCUCCACCAUCAACUCUGCUCUCAAACGCAUCUCUCCCAUUUCACGCACAUCUGCUCUCACUCCAUCUUCCCGUCACCCCACUAGGAAUAGGGUUCCCCGGUCCUCACCUACCACCCCACCAGCCUCCAGGUCCAACAUAUUAUUCUCUGUAACUACCGCCACCUCCAAUGGGAUCCCACCACUAAGCACUUCUCCCCCCCCCCCCCGCUUUCCGCAGGGAUCGCUCCCUACGCGACUCCCUUGUCCAUUCGUUCCCCGCAUCGAUCUCCCUCCUGGCACUUAUCCUUGUAAGCGGAACAAGUGCUACACAUGCCCUUACGCUUCCUCCAUCACAUCAUUCAGGGCCCCAGACAGUCCUUCCAGGUGAGGCGACACUUCACCUGUGAGUCGGCUGGGGUGAUAUAAUGCGUACGGUGCUCCCGAUGCGGCCUUCUAUAGAUUGGCGAGACCCGACGCAGACUGGGAGAUCAUUUCGCUGAACACCUACGCUCUGUCCGCCAGAGAAAGCAGGAUCUCCCAGUGGCCACACAUUUCAAUUCCACGUCCCAUUCCCAUUCUGAUAUAUCUAUCCACGGCCUCCUCUACUGUAAAGAUGAAGCCACACUCAGGUUGGAGGAACAACACCUUAUAUUCCAUCUGGGUAGCCUCCAACCUGAUGGCAUGAACAUUGACUUCUCAAACUUCCGCUAAUGCCCCACCUCCCCCUCGUACCCCAUCCGUUAUUUAUUUAUAUACACACAUCCUUUUUCUCUCUCUCUCCUUUUUCUCCCUCUGUCCCUCUCACUAUACCCCUUGCCCAUUCUCUAGACUUCCCCCUCCACCUUUUCUUUCUCCCUGGGCCUCCUGUCCCAUGAUCCUCUCAUAUCCCUUUUGCCAAUCACCUGUCCAGCUCUUGGCUCCAUCCCUCCCCCUCCUGUCUUCUCCUAUCAUUUUGGAUCUCCCCCUCCCCCUCCCCCUCCCACUUUCAAAUCUCUUGCUAACUCUUCUUAUAUUAGUCCUGACGAAGGGUCUCGGCCCGAAACAUCGACUGUACCUCUUCCUAGAGAUGCUGCCUGGCCUGCUGCAUUCACCAGCAAGUUUUAUGUGUGUUAUUCACUCUCCAAGAUCAUCCUCACCGCAGCUUUUUGCUUUAUGUUUCUACAGUGCACAAGUGAAAGAAAAUACCGUAAAGACUGGAAAUUAAUGGUGCAAAUGCAGAGUGCCCUGAAUGACACUCAUCAGAUGUUCUACAAAAUAUAUUGUCAGGAAACUUUUGGGAAUUCCAGCUAACCAGGGAAAGCUUGGCCCAAAUAUGGGAUUCUGGAUACUUUAAGACAGAGUUAAUGGAUGUGAUUCUGGCAGGAUUAUUCUGGGUGUUACACUUAAGAGUAACACUUGCUGUCGUGAAAGCUGUUAUCAGUGGGGUAAAGGGAUGAGGAGUGCUUAAGAAACACGAGUCGGAAGAAUGGUACGUUCGGGUAAAUAUGAGAAAAUUAAGGAAUAUGGUGGGGUUGGGGGAAAUGAAUCGUGGAAGCAAAUCCUGGAAGGAACUUAAGAACAUAAGACAUAGAUUUUGACCUUUAAGUGUUAGGGAGCUGAAAGUAAUUUCGAUCAGAAAGCAUGAAUGCAAUUUAAGAAAGGAUGGAGAGAAUAGGGUUGCAGGCUUUAGACUGGUUGGAGUUUACAGAUGAUCAGUGCAAGCUCUGUAAGGAGUGUAUUCAUUAGGGCUGGAAGAGAGAACAUGUUGUAUUGGGUUCCAGGAAGAAAGAGAUGAAUAUGUUUUUGUAUGACAGGGAUUGAACUCUGAUCAUUGAUUAAUUCAAUUAUUUUUCAUCAAUCAUUUGAAGGACUCAGUGAAAUGUUAAUUUUAAACAAUGCACGAUUACCGAGCUCCAUAACCCUGCAAUUACACGGUUCAGAAAAAAUAUGGCACAUCUUCAUAAUUUAUUUCGGUAUUGUGUCUACUCAAUGAAUAGAAAAAUUGUCAUUGAUUUACUUAGAAGCAUUAUUUUAUUUAUAGCUUCUAGAAAUACGAGGAAGUUCUUGGAAAUGUGUGAUGAAGGUUUAGAAGAUGUAUCCCUGGUUAAUCCUGCUGAUCAAAUGUUUGCCAACAGCAGACCCACUGAGAAAGUGUGUAAACAAAUAGAAGAGCAAACAGAGUCCAAUCAAACCUCUGAACAGAUAUUGGAUAUAUGCGACUGUUUUGGUAGAGAGCCAGAAUUUGAGGGAAGUGAGAAGUCUGUCACCAAAGUCUGCACACAAGAAUUACCGCAAACAAAGGGAAUGCCAGAAACUAUUGACCAAAAUAAACUACUGCCACCUUUUCAGAAUGACUUCAUCCCAGAAGAAAUUCUGUUGUCGUUGACCACUGUGCCAAAUUCAUCCUGUCGAGAUGAGUCCCCGAAAGAUCUUAAGUCAAGUGUCCGACUGACUGAUCGCGUAUGGCAUCAUUCAAGUCGGAGAUCAAAAUUCAAAUACUUGAUCAAUCAGCCCACCUCACUGGCUCGAGCAGGAAGGGAUAUCUCCUUCCUAUAUGAUGCCGUAUGUACCAAAUGUUCCAUUAAUGUGAUGCCAGUUGCAUUGGCAGCCAUGGACAAGAGUGCUGUUCGAGCUCAGUCUGGAAAACAGUCUACCACAAAACAGGGGGAUCUACCUGAGAGUUUGAUACCAGAUGAGUACCAUAUUGUGAAGAACAAGGGUGUUCUGGGAUUGGAGUAUUAUGAGGAUAAAUAUACCACUCUACUGGAAGACGACGAGAAGAAACUGAGAGUAUUUCCCUCCAUGAAACCCAGUGGAAGAGCUGAGGCCAUUCAGCUGUCACAAGUGAUGGAUGAUAUGUUAGAGAAAGUUGGGUUUAAUGAAGAUGAUAAACAGGAAUUAAAAGACGAAACUCAGAUCCAUCAUUUGCUGGACCUGGUGAAAAAGGAGCAAAACAUUUAUAAUCUUGUGUUCCAUGAGCUUAUUCGUCAGAUUAGUGUGGAUUGUGGGGAACGAGGAGAGCUUCUUGCCAAAAUCAGAGAGAGGUAUGUGAGCUUAUUGGACCACAUUCCUCGCCAUCUAAUUAGUAUGCACAAUGAAAUCAUGAUGCAACGGUUAUUGGACAAGCAACUUGUUUUGGAGCUGUUUCUUUUCCAAAAUGCUGUUGAGAAACUUAACAGUGAACUUGGUGAACUUCGAGAACGUGACCGCAAGGCAACAAAGAUGAUAGCGAAAACACAGGAGGAACUAAGUAAUGCAUUGAUUGAAGCCCAUAAAAAUGCCAAUUUGCUGGAUGAAUAUCACCAGUUAUACGAACUACAGAGAAAAAGACUAAUUGCCCAGAUAGAUACUUUAACCCAGGAGAAGGAGUGGUGGAGUGAAGCAAGCUAUAGCCUCGCAUUGAAGGUAACUGAAGAGCACAAUCUUAAACUGGUUCAUGAUCUUGAAGUCAGUGAAAAACUCUGGACUAAAAUUGCACAACAUUUUGUUGUAAUGCUUGGCACGAAGGAUGCAGAAGAUCAGGCUAAAUUACAGCAAGUUACCGCAGACUGGAGAGACAAAAUGAAGAAGUUCACUAAAAAUCUGCAAGAUGCGGAGAAUUCAAGUUUGGAAAAAAGAAAAUUGAUUCUGUCUGGUUUGCAAAAAUGGCACGAAUAUUUAUUAGAAAAUAAAUUGAGACAUCAAGGAAUGAAAAGUAUUCCUAAAGACGUGUUGCAUGCGCUUUUAAAUGAUCUAAAAGACUGGGACAAGAUGAUUUCUCAAGACUAUGAACGGUUUGAAGGGUCAUUGCUCCUAGCUAAUCAAGAAGCGCUGUCAGAGAUAAUGCAGCUGCAAAGUGACUGGACCGAUCUCAGCCUGGUACUCUUUAGUCGUCACCAGUGGGCCUUUGAUGAAAAAUUGCCUGAGCAGAUAACAAUGGAAAAGUUAAACAACAGCGUUGAUGCACUCUCUCAGCGGUGUGAGAUCAUGCUGUCAGGGGAAAAUGGCACUGCUUGGCAUUUAAUGAAGUUCCAGGACACAUUUGAAUCCUGUCAAACUAAAUUUGACUUUGUCAAUCUAGAAGAUAAAAGAUUGAUAGAACAUAAUUUGCUGAAGCUUUCUGACUUCUUCCCUACAUUGAUUAGUCAAUUGGAAGAGACAGUGAAACUAACAGCAACACAGAAUGAAGGGGAGAAAGAAAGCAAUCUCCCAGAUAUCAGAGAACAGCUUGGAGAAGUGAAUAAGACGAUACAAGAAUGGCUGUUGUCACUGUUUAAGAUGAUAAAUCACAAGGAUACCAAGCUGACGCAACAGGUUGCCAUCAUUCAGAGUGCAAUGAGCCAUUUGCUAGUAGACAUUUUGCUUCAUGUUGUACAUGAUACAGAAGAGAAAACCAAGAAAGUAUACUUCAGAUACCUGCCUGGACCAAAUACAAUUGACAUGCUGGAGGAGAAAGCACUGAUAGUGGCUACUCAGCUGAAUAUAUUAUCAACACAAAUGUAUCGCUGGUGCAAGGAUAUAGUGGAGGCAAUGGUGAAGCAGCAGAAAGCAGCCCAUGCCCAUAAUCCUGAUGAUGAACUCAAGGAGCUUGAAAAACUGAAGUCCGAGUCUUCUGAGUGGAUAGACGUUUGUGAGACUCUGCUUUCAGGAAUUCAAGCACAUCCAGUCCACUUGUUGUCAUCCAGAAGUGAAGAGGUACAAUCACACAUCAAUAUGACUCGUGGUCUAUGCACUGCAUGCUUACAGCACUCAUCCACCAAUAUUCUUCAGAUGUCUGAAUCUGAGCUUUCCUUGUUGUGGUUAGGGAAAACACAAGUUGCUGAAGGACCUACUACCAUUACAUCUUUCCAGAACUUGAAAAUCAUUGAGGAAGCGGAAGCUGAAGAAUUGAGCUCUGAGGAAGCUGAAGCUGGCACAUCUGCUACUGUGCAAGUUGAGGACACUACAGAUACCAGAAGAACUCCACAGCCUGAAUGCACAGAUGGAGCUAAGAGCACUGUAGAUGGCGAGGGUAAAAGUUUUGGAAUAAUGGAAAUUAAAGACUUUCAGAGCCCAUUUAUAUCUACUAUAGCAUAUAUUGGUGAAGAUACUAACAUCCAUGAGAUAGACUUGAAAGGAACUCCCCUGCCAGUUGAGAAGGCUGAUUUUGAUGUUGUUCUACCUGUGAAGCCCAAGGCAAUGAGGAAUUAUGAGGCACUAGUUGAAGUGGGAGUGUUACAGAAGCAGCUCAUAGAAGCAGAGCAGCGUGCCUUGCAAGCAGAGGAACGGGCAAGUUCUCUAGAAGCUAACCUGCAGGAAGCUUUGGAUAAGAUCAAGGACAUGACUCUAGAGUUGAAGACAAAAGAGCUACAGCAGUUGCACCCAGAUGCAGAAAAAAGUGUGCCUCCAGCCAGAACUACAUCUGCUCGAUCUAUUGUACAUGUCACAAAGGCUCCUUUCAAGUCAAAAGUCACCAAAGUCAAGUCCAAGACCAAAAGAUGAUGUCUGCUUUAUUUUAUGAAAC